AUGCCUCAUCUUGACAAUCUACCGUCCGAUCUUCUGGAGCUUGGAAGCGCGAUUCGUCUAAACGGAGCCAACUAUGUUUACCUACUGCAAUGCUCUGGGAAAACGUUGGGGGCUAUAGGUGCUGCCGCCACGUUAUUGGACGCAGUAGCCACGAGUGUCGUCAGUGCGGCCACAGCUGGAGCGUACCUGCAGGGUGAAAUAUCGACUGGAUUGAUCAAAGAAUGGCAUAUUGGGCUACUCUUGUUGGUUUCGAUCUCUCUAAUUGCUUUGGUGUCACUACGUGAGAGUAGUGCGUUUACUCUCUCCAUCACUAUUAUUCACAUGUCGGUAAUGACUGCGCUCAUGGUUGGGGCUGCGAUAACCUGGGCCCAUACUGGUAUGGGUGUAUUGCGCAAUAACUGGGAGUUGCGCCCGGCUGGUGGUGCUAAUAUAGCCCGCUCGAUUUUUAAUGGUGUCUGCAUCGGUUUUCUCGGAGUUACUGGUUUCGAGUGCACACCUGCAUAUAUACAGAACAUCAAGCCCCAUUCAUAUGGGCCUACCCUUCGAAAUCUGCUUAUCAUGGCUUUGUUUCUCAAUGCGCCACUAAUGUUGUUUGUGUAUGCACUACUUCCCAGUGAAACUAUACUGAGCGGGGCGAACGUACUCUCGCUAUUGGCUGAAGUAACAAUCGGACGACCCAUGAGAAUUGUGAUCGUGGUCGAUUGCCUCCUUGUUCUUGCGGGUGGUGUCUUUGCGGGGCUUGUGACUGGCUCUCGCCUGGUUGAAAGUCUUGCACACUUUUUCACUCGCGACUGUCUCGACAAUGUUCUCUGCAAGUUUCCUGUUUACUAUGCUACUGGCGGAAACGUCGCUCUAAAUCCUCAAACAUUGGGAUUGUUCGUGGCGUAUUUUGCUGUAGUCUUGCUGGGAAUGCUAUUUCCUAUUUCCCGGCUCAAGAUUGCGCACAUAGCGCUGUGGAUAUUGGAUCAAACAAAGUUCAUUCAGCCCUACCGUCUCGACAGGUCGGUUGGUUCUUGGAUCAAGAGGUUCCGGGAAGACCCAGUCGUGCUCUGGGUCAAAGACGAUCAUAUCAACUGUUUGGUCCAAGCCAUUAUAUACAUUCAAAGAAAUGAGCUUACCUCGCGAGUUAGGCUUGUUCAUGCAUACCAAAACAUCACCACGGUACCCUCUGAGCUCAAGGCUAAUACGCGUAUUCUUGAUGAGGCGUUCCCUUCGAUUACUCUUGACCUUGUGUUUAUCCAGGGAGAUUUUAGCCCAGAGCUGGUUGAAGCUGCGAGCCAGGAACUUAACAUUCCCCGUGGCCAAAUGUUUAUGUCUUGCCCGGGAAAGGAUCAUCCGUGGCAACUAGGCGACUAUCAAGGUGUUCGAGUAAUUGACUUCUGA